GCUUCAAAAGUCAGUUGAAUAGUUCAGUUUCAGGCUUUCCCACCCAACUUGACUCCAGUAAAUCCGGAACUGUAGACUGAAGAGGACCUCCUGAGAUGGCUCGACUCACGGCCUUGAUCAUGGCGGUGCUGAUUCACUCGGUGCUGGGCAUCUCGUACUACUACUACUUCCGCGAAUCUCCCGGCUCCGCUGCUCCUCUUUUGGGCGCCUGGCUCUUCUCCGCCUGCGUGGUGACCCUUCUUCACGCCGUGAGGAUGUUUCCCAGUGCUCUGCCCGCCGAUCAGCGGUUUAGGAAUGGGAAUCGAAACCUUCGCGGCAAUGAGUCGUCCUGGGCAUCGCUCUUCCUGGAAACAGGCGUCUGCUGUUUGGUGCUGGACUUGACCCUAAGCAAACUGUGGCACCGCAUAGAGUCCCUCUGCCAGUGCGCCAUUGUGGGCAUACUCCAGGCCCUGGCCGUCGAGGAGCAGACCUUUCUGGCCUGCGAGUACUGGACUUUGGGCCUGACUACCGGACUGAUCGGCGCCUGUCUUCUCUGGCUGUCGCUGUGGGCCACCGCGUUGCCCCGGAAGCUCCAUUGCGGGAUGCUCGACUGGCGGCGCACCCUUCAUCGCCGCUGCUCCGCGCUGAUCUUCGGAACCCUCGAGCCCGGCACUUCAAUGCCGACCCAAUCCCAGGGAAGCGCACAGAGCUUUGCCACCUGAGUCGGUGGUGACCACCAUCCCACUUGAACAGCCAUAUCAGUCUACCCGAGUCAAUAGCUAAAUUUACGGUCAAAUUAUA